CAGGGAAAUGAAAAGCAAUUAUAAAAUUUUAAAAACUAAGUGAAAAUUUUAAUAUUUUUUAACAAACUGUGUUUGACAAAAAAAAAUUCAAGACAAAAUUAUUUAAAAAAAAAUUUGAUUGUUCAAAACAACAUCAAAUUAGAUUCAACGUUCAAAAUAUAAAAAAUAUAAUACAUAAAACAAAAUAUUUAAAAAAAAAUUAAUUGCACAAAUUAUAAAAACAAUGGCAAAUUUAGUUAAAUGGUGGAAACAAUUUAGACAGUAUAAAGUUAUUCAUGAAUGCUCAACAGACUCAGAAGAACUCAUACACGCUUCAGAAUAUGGGGAUAUUUUUAUGCACCAAAAAGAAAAUAUUUUGCAGCCUAAUUUAGAUUCACACAAUUCUCAUGAUGCUAAAACAAUUCCUUGUAGUGGAAAUCUAAUGAAAAGUAAAAGAUCAUUAAAGGAAUAUGAUGGAAAGGAGAGGAUUAGAAAUGAUCAGCAAGAGCGUUUGCAGAAACGUCACAGUAUUGCAACAACGCAUAAUUUGGAACAACUUGAGACAAAUGGAACAAAAUAUAAUAAAAUAUCUUGCGACGUAUCACUUUCACUAGAAGAUUCUGUUGAAAAAACACAACCAACAAACUUCACAUUUACACUUUACGAUUUAGAUGGGCAUGGAAUCAUAACCAAAGAAGAUAUAGCUAGCAUAGUAUCAACAAUUUAUGAUUCGAUUGGAAAGAAUAUAGUCGCUCCUAUUUACGGGAAAAAAGUGAUUAAUGUUAAGUUAACAAUGUCGCCCCAAGAUAUUAUGAAAAGUAAUGACCAAAAUCAAAAAAUUAGAAAACAAGUAUCUACCCAAAAAUAUUUAAGAACAAAUGUGUUCCCUAAUGAACCAGAAUCUGAUAAUAAAGUGCCAGUGAUGAAAUUACAAAAUGAUAUUAAUGCGCAAGAUAUAUCGAAAAAUUGCGAGAAUUUUGAGAAAGAUAAAAAUAACAUAUAUGAAUCAAUUAACAAUUUAAAAGGCUUUACACCCACAAUUGACAAAAUUUUAUCAAAAAAUAUCAAAACUGAAAAUGUUGAACAAAAAAAUUGUUUAGAUGCAAAUUUAUCAGAAAAAUUACAUUUAGAACGAAUUGACGAAUCUAGAAAUCAAACUAAAAAUAAUUCCAAUAAGAGGAGAAAUUUUCGUAAGCAAAGACAAAAGUUUAAUGAAAAAGCUGCCCGCAUUCGCUCUCUAUCUGUUGGAAAUGAGUAUAAAUGGAGACAAAAUCAAAGUCAAAAAGUUAACAAACCAACUGAACUGAACAAUGGAAGCAAACUAAGACGUAAUGAGCUCAUAGAGAUAAUUCGUGAAAGCAUGGAAAAGAAUAAAUUAUGUUUUCAAAACAAUAGGAAAACACCAAAUAUCGAAAAUUUCAGUAGACAACGAUCAAAUACUAUCACUAUGAUGGAAGCUCAAAAUCUGCAUGACAACAUAAAUCACUGUGGCUUUGAUUCGUACCUCCACAGCACACUGUGUUCAAAAAUUGAUGAUGCAAGCAAAAUAAAUCAAUUUGAGUGCAUAAUGAACAAGCCUGCAUUGACUCUUAAAACAUCAGUCUUAAAUCAACUAAAUCCUACGCUAACCCCAGAACAGAAAUUAGCAAGAAAGUUAAAUGACAUUGAAAAGUGGCUUCUUGAACGUGAAACAGCUACAAAAAUAAAAUCAACUGCAGAUAAAAAUGUUCUAAAUCAAAUUAAAUCUGAAAAAUUAACGUCUGAGCGACUAUAUGAUGCUAAAAGUACAUUACCCGCAAAAGUAUCAUCAACUAGAAAUGAAAGACCAUUACCACGCUGUUCAAAAUUGCAGAAGGAUGCAAUUAAUAGUAUUAAAAACAAAAAUUUGUCGGCAUAUCCAAACAUUUAUAUUGAUGAUAUUGAUAAAUUGCGAGAGUGUGAAAAUUUAAUUAGUUCUUCUGAGGGAGAUGAAAAUGAAGGACAACCUAGCAUUUAUGCAAAUAUUAAUGAUAAUACAAAACUUGAAACUCAACCUGACAAAAUGAAAAAUUUGUCAAAACCUUCUUCACUUCGAUUCGUCCAUAUUCAUCAUCACUAUUAUCACUUUGAAAAUGAUACAAAAGAUAAAGAGUAAUCAAGUUUAUUAUUUUUUAAAAAUGUUACUCAACAUAAAUCAGGGAACUUUUUGAACACAAGAAACUAAUUAUUCCAAUCUAAUAAUUUCGUUUAUAGUUUUAUAAUGAAGGUAUGAUUAGUUCUACAUGUAGAUUUAAAUUUCGCAAUGAUUCAUUUCCAUACACAACGCGCUAGUCAAACUUAUAGUUUAAUGAUACAAACUUUUAAAAAGAAUAUCUUCCUCAAAAGCACAUAAAUGUAAAGUAAAUUACAUUUAAAAUAAUAAAAAAAAUUCUUGAAAAAUUCUUUUCUAAAUCAUGCAACGAACUAUGUUAAUGUGAAUUUUAACUACAAAACAAAGACCGAAAUCAAUUAAUAAUUAAAGACUGAUUUUUUUUAAUUGUAAGCUUAACUGUAUCAUGCCGAAAAUAAAUAAUAAGUAUUUAUUAAAUGACCUUGAACUUAUGAUUAUUUGUUAAAGUAUUUUUUAAUUAUAAUUAUCAAAAAAAAAAGCUUUUUAUUGUAUCAUAUAA